AAGCCCGUCCGUCUGGUGAAUGGGGCUGAUCCCUGCAAUGGGAUGGUGCAGGUCAAGGUCGCAGGGUCCUGGCAGCCUGCCUGUGAGGACUCCUGGAACAACCGAGCCAGCCUGGCUGUCUGCAGGGAGCUGUGCUGCGUGGGCACGGGGCCGAUGGCCUCCGCCAGCCCUCCGGGUCCAGGGAGAUCAGAGCAGCUCCCUUCCGAGAACAGGACUGCGGCCCUCAAUGACACGUGGUGGUCCCCUCUGCGUGUGCUCUGUGACCAGGGAGACUGGGGGACCUGCCAGCUACAGACCUCUGCCUGCCCCAGUGGGAGGCUCGCCAGGGUCAGCUGUGAAGAAGUCCUUGCUGUGCAGCUGGUAGGUGGAAGUGAUCGUUGUGCCGGUCGGGUAGAGCUAAAGGACAAAGGCUCCUGGGGGACCGUGUGUGACGAUGACUGGGACCUGCGGGAUGCCGAAGUUGUGUGCAAGCAGCUGGACUGUGGCACGGCCAUCCAGGCCCUGCAGGGCUCGUACUUCCAGAAGGGCACAGGGCUCAUCCACCUGGAUGAGGUGAACUGCUCCGGGAGUGAGCUGUCCCUGUGGGAGUGCCCUUCCCAGAGAUGCCACGACUGCGGGCACAAGGAGGACGCUGGUGUGAUUUGUUCAGGCUCUCUGCUUUCCAACAGUUCGCUGAUUCCCACGACCUCCUCAAGACCCCAGGCACCCACAACGGCCCCCUUUGUGCCGCUCAACAUGCAGAAGCGGGAGCUUCGGGAGCGGGUCCUCCUCGUCCUCUGCAUCAUCCUGGGAAUCCUCCUCUUGGGGUCGCUUAUCGCUCUGAUCUUCGUCUAUAAAAAGGCCAAAGGACAGUACGCCCUCCCCGUCCUGGAGAAUCACAACCACCAGGCGUCCACAGCCACCCUGGGAGGAGACAACAGCUACCACGAGGUCUCUGUCACCGUCCCCAAAGAAGAAGCACCCCAGCUCUCCCUGCAGGCGGGACCCCGGAAAGUCUCAGACUCCGACUCCGACUCUGACUACGAGCACUAUGACUUCCACAGCCAGCCCCCAGUGCCUCUCUCCACCUUCUAUAACUCCCAGAAGUACCGCGUGACUGAGGACAUGGCCCAGCAGAGCAAGUUUAAGAUGCCCCCGCUGCAGGAGGAUCCCCCCGUCCCGGCUCCUCAGAAUUACUUGAGGCAGAAGAGUGACUCUAGUACAUCUUCUGGGGAAGGUUACUGCAAUAGUCCCACCGGCACGCUGCCUCGGUUCAGUUUUCCUGGGUUUUCUUCGGAGAGGAACCACCUUCUGGAGCAGCCUCCCAACCUGGAGCUGGCGGGGUCCCGGGCCACCCUGUCUAAUGCCCCUCUCCCGGCUCCUCAGAAUUACCUGAGGCACAACAGUGAGUCCAGUACGUCUUCUGGGGAAGAUUACUGCAAUAGUCCCACCAGCAGGCUGCCUCCAGCAAACUUCCCAGGGUUUUCUUCAGAGAGGAAUAUUUUGGAGCAAUAUCCCAAACCCCUUGCAGGAAGCCGCUCUGGAAAUGUUUCUGCAGGACCAGCAGCUGAGGACAGCUCCAGCACGUCCUCUGGGGAGUGCUAUGAGAAUUCUGAGGCCCCCCAGGAGCCUCCCGUGGAGUCCUCUGUGUGCCCAGAACCAUCUACCUCAGCAGUCAAAGGGGACAGUUGUGCAGAUGAUUCGCCUAGUGAAGAUUAUGAUGACAUCGGAGCUUCAUAGAGCAAGACCCAAAGAGAGAGGGGAUGCCUGUCGAUUCCUUCUCUACCAGCCUCCCAUUGCUGCCUUUCCCUGUCUUCCCCUCUAGAUCACCCAGGGCCACAAAAUCAUACAGAUUCAGAUCUGGGGAUCCAUCAAUUUUGAGCUAAAAAAUCCCAAUCCCUACCCUCAACUCGGCCAUCUCCACCCUGAAGUUCCUGAGCCUUAGACCAAUUAACAUCAGCGGGUACAUCUUGAGCCCUGUCCCCCAUGAAUCUACAAACCUCAGGCAGCCUGUGCCUCAGUGGAUGAUGGGGGGAAAAUCCCAGAACUGGAAGGAACCUCAGCUGCCACGUAGUUUGACAUAGACUUAACCAAGAACCCUUCCUAAGAUGCUGCCAACAAAUGAUCAUCCAGCCUCCACUUGAAAAUCUCCACUGAGGAACCUGCUGGCUCCCGAGAUAACUCAUUCCACUUUUGGACAGCUAAGCUUUCCAUGAAGUUCCUUCAGACAUCAAGCCUAAAUCUGGCACUCUGAACCCUACUCUGAUCCCCCACUACCCUUGCUCCUCAUUCCAUCCUCUGGAGUCAAGCGGAAAAAUCCUUCUACUAUAUGACGCUGAAUAGAGGUUUUCAUGUCCUUUGUCUUCUCACAUUUAAAUAUCCCAAGUUCCUUCAGUUGGCCCUCAAAGACAUCUUGCCCUUCUAACCUCUUCUCCUCAUUCUGGUGGACUGCCGCAUCCCCCUCCUUGCUUAGAGAGAUCCUUAUUCUCCAGCUGAUUACACUCAAGUUGUCCCCAAAGUAUCAUAGAAAGAAGUCUCGAUUUUGAAUCAAAGGAUCUGGGACUGGAUCCUGGUUCCAUUAUUUGAUAGGCAAGUCCCUUCUCUCUGAGAAAGAGGAUUGAACUAGAUGAUCUCAUAUAUCAAGCUCGAAUCUGAGCUUGAAAUCCUUUCAUUUGUCAUCUCUAAGUCUGUUGCCUUCUUCAAAAGUCUUCCCAAAUCUCCCUAUAAUAGUACUGCUAAGCCCAGCAGAGGCCCCAGCAGGAGCCAGACUCGUGGGCAUUUCCUCAAGGCACCGGCCUGGGAUUUCUAGUAGGUACCAAUGGCUUCCAAUGGAGACUUUGGCUGGUCCCUAGGAGAGAGAGCCUGUCAGUUGCCCAGAAGUAGGGCUGUGGGCCUGGGUCAGAGGAGGUAGUAAAAUGAAUGUCGAUGGAAGACUGAGACAGAAACUCAACGAUUUCUUCCCAUCCUCCAGAGGAGGAGAUUUGCAGAGGGAGGUUUUAUUCUCUGCUCAGUUUAAAAAAAAAAAGAAUGUAGCUUAUAGAAAAAUGACCAUUGUACAUAGUUUCCUUCAAUCCCUGGAGUGAAUCCCAAAGAAGCAGAAGAGGCUUUGGGUCACCCAUUCCUGACUACACUGAGAAUAAAUGGGCUUUUUAACAGGAACCCAAAAAAUGGAGUGUGAAGUCAAUGUGAUGGUUUAACAUCAAGAAACUUUGCAAUGGAAGCAAGUCAGACCCUGGACAGGGCUCAGGUGGGACUAUGAACGGCUUUCUCAAAUAAGAGAGAUAUUAAUCGGUUGAUCAAUUGGUCAUCGCUUAAUAAGUACCUACUAUGUGCAAGAGGCUCUAUGCUAAGCAAUGGGGAUAAAAACAAAAGUGAACCUUUAUUUACAUUCUAUCACACAAUAGGUGUAGGUAUGUGCUUAUAUAUACAUACAGAUGUAUACAAAUAGACACACACGUGUGUGUAAACAUACAUUAUAUGUAUAUAAAACCACUCAUUUGAGAGAGAGGCUGAUAGCAAUUGCCAGGGAUAGAGAAAAACUUCCCAUAGAAACUGUCAUCUCAUUAAGUCUGGAAGUAAACAAGGGCUUUAAGUGAGUCACUCAUCAAGCAUUAUUAAGUGCUUAAUGUGUGUAAAGCACCAGAAUGCAAAGAAAUUAAACCGACUCCUACAUACAUACACCCCCUAAUUGGAAGGGAGGGGGAAUGACAAUAUAGAAAUAUCUGGUUCCAUACAAGCUUGACAUAGAGUUUAUAAGGGUAAACUAAGAAGGGCUGGGGGCCGGGCAGGAAAAGCCUCCUGCAUACAGGAGGAUUUAAGAUGAAUCUUGAAGGAAAGCAGGGAAUCUAAAAAGUAGAAAUGAAGAGGAGGAUAUACCAGGCAGGGGAGACUGACAAUGCAAAGCCACAGAGAUUGGAACUCAUAGUCUUAUAUUCAAGGAAUAGCCAGAAUAUGUGAAAGGAACCAAUGUGUAAUGAGAUAGAGAAAUGAGGCUCUACACUGCUCAUGUUUCCCCUAAUGUUGCCCAAUAAAUAUGUGGAGAUUUCAACAAGUGAAUUAAAUAAAUGCUCUAUGUGCAAAGCA